GGACUGACGCUGAGCUGAGCUCUCCCGGGGAGGGGCGAGCGCGCCUGGGCGAGGUGCGGAGGGAGGGAAGAGCGUCGCGAAGCUCACGGCCGGCGGUGGAUCAUCCGGGCCAGUUUGCGUCUCGGGGCUGCGAGAUGCGCGACGAGGACAAGGGCAUGCUCGGUGGUGGCGGCGGCGACGCGGGCCUGGCCAACGCCGCGGCGCGGGGGCAAGUGGAGACCGUGCAGCAGCUCCUGGAAGCCGGUGCAGAUCCCAACGGAGUCAACGGCUUCGGGAGGCGCCCGAUCCAGGUCAUGAUGAUGGGCAGCGCCCGCGUGGCCGAGCUGCUGCUGCUCCACGGCGCGGACCCCAACCGCGCGGACCCCGCCACCCUCACCCGACCCGUGCACGACGCGGCCCGGGAGGGCUUCCUGGACACGCUGGUGGCGCUGCACCGAGCCGGGGCGCGGCUGGACGUGCGCGACGCCUGGGGCCGCCUGCCCGUGGACCUGGCUGAGGAGCGGGGCCACCGCGACGUCGCCCGGUACCUGCGCGCGGCCGCGGGAGAUUGAUGGCGGGGGCACCCAGCCGCCCACAAGGACUUUUCCUUUUUUCCCCAGUUCCCCACCCCAACUUAGUUCAAUGAAGGCUGCAGACGUGGAGCGGCGGAAAGCCUGAAAGCCUUCCUGGGCGACUCACUCCCUGCGGGGAAGGAGGGGCAGACCGGGAGUAAGUUGCUGUGUUUUUUUUUC